AUGGCUUCAUUUAAUGGUUUCUUUAACUACUUAACCUAUUUUCUGGCUGCUGGUGCUGUUAUUUUGGGAAUUGGUUUCUUUGCUUUGGCAUCAGCUUUGUGGUUCCUGAUUUGCAAACGAAGAGACUUAUUUCGAAACUCCAACUUAAAACCAACUAAUAAGAGAUGCGGGCAAAGACCACCAAAGCUGACAACUGUACCUCAUUCUCAGUGUGUUUUUAUUUCUCGAAAUUUUCAUACUGGAAGAUUUCAAUUACAGGAGGAUCAAAGAAAAAAGGAAGCAGCACAUAAAGAAGCAAUUAAUGAUCACUCUAAAGAUGAAUUCUGCCUUGCAACCAAUAAGGUCACUUGUGACCCCUCAGAGACUAGCUCAACAACAAAUUGCAGCAGUGUUACAGUGAGCUUAUCAACAGUACCAUCUGAUUCCUAUUAUAGCCAAAGUAUAGAAGCAGCUGAUGACUGGUUUUCUGAUGGUUCUCUAGAGAAAAAGAACUCUCAAAUGCCUUUUCAUGGGGAACCUCUAAUGGAAAAAGUAUUUUCAUACUUGUCAACCAUUUCAUUAGAAGAAUGUACUGAAAAUGCACUGAAUAUGACACUUUUUGAUGAUCAAAAAGAUGACCGCAUUAAGGAAACAUUUUCACAAAGAAAUACAGAGGUUGAAAUACAAAACCUUCAAUGUAAUAUUGAAUGA